AUGUCAGUCCAAGAGCAGAUUGUUGGCAUAGGAGUUGUCCUCGAGCCGUCUGCUACUGGUAAUCUUCAGGUCACCAAGCUUGUUCCUGGGGGGCCUGCCCAGAUGCAGGGAGGAAUGGCAGUCGGGGAUGUGCUCAUUGCAGUCGACGGGUCGGACGUGCGAGGAAUGUCGCUGGACAAGGUUGCCCCGUUGAUCAGAGGGAGCGUGGGGACUCAAGUCUCGCUCACCAUCCUCAGGCCCGGGAGCUCUGAGAGCGUCUCCGUCACUCUCACCCGGCAGCCCACAGCCAAGCUGGUGGGCUUGUCUUCUGGGCGUGAGAGGAUGCCGAAGGAUGACGGGGCAGCGCAUGGGGGAUCGUUUGAAGAGACGAUCCCUAAGCAGACCCUCGACAAGCUGAGGCAACUUCGCCUGACCAUGGAGCAGGAGAGGAUUGCUGUGGCCAAGGAGCGAGAGCAGUCGGCAAGGAUGCAAGCGACGCUCGAAGACCAAGUGGAGAAGUUGGAGAGUCGAUGCAAGCAGCUGCUGCAAGCCCUUGAAGACCUGAGUGAGGGAAAGACAACUCACAUUGACUGCGGUCAUCGAUACCUCGUUCCAUGGUGCUCCAAGUGUAAUGCUUGA